AUGUCCAAUGAUAUUAAAACAAUGCCAAAGAUUUCUAUUCCAAUUGAAAAUCCUAAACGAUCUGAUUCAAUCAACAGUAAUAAAUCUCAUUGUCAUCAAUUUAGUGUUGCUGCUCUAACUGAUGAAGUAACACAUUCCUCCGCUUGUUCAGAAGAAUCCACAAAGCCACAAACUACUAUUCUUUCUAAAUCUGCAAAACAUCCAACUGGUAAAAAGCGAGCUUAUAGGAAAUCAGAACAACGUGAUAUCACAAAUAUUAUCUCUGAUAAAUAUUCACAUCGUCAUAAUGAUUAUGAUAAAUCUUUUAUACAUUGUAAAUUGAACAAUUCUACACAAGCAAAUCAAUAUUCAAUUGUAGAUAAUAAUAAUAAUAAUAAUAAAUAUCGGAAUUCAACAAUUAACGAUUCAUUAAAAGGAGUACCAUACUUUCCUACAACUGUUAGCACAACUCAUAAUUAUGAUCGAAUACAUGAUACAGUUUCAAAGUAUGCUUCAUUCACAAAUCGUAAUGUCAAUUCAAUGCCAUUUACUGUACGUAAUCCAACGGAUUCUCUCCCUGGUCAUCAUCCAUAUUUACCACCAAGAGGAUUUUCAGAUGCUACUACUACAAGUUGUAGUUCACAAAUCAGACCACAGUCAUCAUCAACAGCAACCUCUUCAAUGCCAUCAUCAUUAUGCCCGAAUUCAUUAUUUUCACAUCAAAAUUUAUUAAAACAAUUCAUGGGUAUUGAUUCGGAAACUGCUAAUCAGCUACUCAAUGAUCCACGUUUUAUGGAACUCUAUGCAUUGACUAUGGCUACUUUAAACAACAAUGUUGACAGUGUUAUUCCUGAGUCGAUCUUACCAUCAUUAUCACGAAUGCCCUUGUCUAAUAAUAAUAGUAAUAAUAAUCAUAAUGAAAAUACAAUGAUAUCGACGACAUCAGUUCACAGUAAUAAUAAUCAAAAUAACAAUUUAAAUAAUCAAUACCGAAAUGGAAAUACCAUGGGACAUUCACGAGUUGAUCCUGUACAAUUCACAGAAACAUCGUAA